AUGUCGGACAUAAAUUCAGAGACUGGAACCUAUCGAUCGAACAUAGAUGAUGGGGAGAGAACCAUACUAGGCGCGAACGCAGACUGCCGAACAGAGUCAGUGGCAACAGACGCUCCAAGGACCAUCACGUCGGGCAAAGCCUCGGACACUCCAACCAUGACCGCAGUAUCGGACCCCACCAAAGACGCUCACUUCAUCUGGUUCACGACGAAAGAGAUCCUGAGUAACGCCUACUUCUGUCUGCCAAUGGGGAAAUUCGUGGUCGGCAUCGGCUGUGACAGAAACCCAAACUGCGACCCAGCGCAAAAGUGGGUGGCGUGCCUCAGAGAAAUGGAAACUGGAAAGUUGGUUUCGAAGGAGCAUGGGCGACAUAAACGAGAGGCUUUGAUGGAACUGCUGACGCAGGUACGAGGCUCAGUACUUACUGCGGCGGGGAAAUUGAAGGAGGGAAGUCUAUGA